AUGCCUACAUUCACCAUUUGCCGUGAAAACUGGCAACGAUUCAAGAUCCUUGAACUUGCUGACCCAAGUUGCCACAUACCAGCUCAAACUGAUAUGGUAAUCGGCAGCGAUAUACUUCCACAAAUCCUGCUGGAAGGUAUACAAAAGAUUUCCGCCCCUAUACUUGCGCAAAGAACAAUAUUUGGCUGGAUUCUCAGUGGUCCAAUAACCAAAAAUGUGGUGGUAUUCUCGACACAAGUAGAGAAGUGCUCGAAUGCAACACUCAGCUCUCAGCUUCGAAAGUUUUGGGAAGAGGAGGAGAUUCCACAACCUCCACAAAUUUCACCUGAAGAUCAGGCAUGUGAGCAUGUGUAUGCAACAACAACGACUCGUGCCCCAAACGGUCGAUACAUUGUGCGACUUCCAUUCAAGGAAGAAUUUCCAAAAAAGCUGUGUGGGCCACUCUCGGUCUGCUGCACUUCAGCAGUUUUUUUAGUAUGGAGCGAUCGCUUCAGAAAAAAAUGCGACUUAGCCACAACGUACAAUAAUAUGUUGCAAGAAUAUUUCGACCUCGGUCAUAUGGAGCACACGAAGCCAUGCGAGAUAAUAGCUAAUGGCAAAUACUUCUCGUUCUAUUUGCCACAUCAUACGGUCGUCAAUCCAGAUAAGGUAACCGCCAAAGUUCGUGUGGUAUACAACGCCUCAAAACAUCUGGUUCAGGAAAAUCCCUGA